CCAAACAUACUGAUUAACAAUGGCACAAAAAGUUCCCAGCCAAAGUAGUGGUGGUGGCGGGGGGCACCACGGUGGCGGCGGUGGUGGCGGUGGUGGUGGUGGGGGCGGACACAAAGGUGGCGGCGGCGGACACAGUAAAGGACACGGCGGCGGUGGUGGCGGCGGCCAUUCCCCUAUACCACCCAGUCCACCAUCUAGUGACGGCGGCGGAGGUGGGGGAGGUUUUCCUGAUAUUACACCACCGUCAACACCUACAGGUAAAGGAGGAGGUGGAGGAGGAGGUCAUGGUAAAGGAGGAGGAGGAGGUCAUGGUAAAGGAGGCGGAGGAGGGGGUCAUGCUAAAGGAGGAGGAGGUCAUGCUAAAGGAGGAGGAGGAAAAUAGAAAUAGAAGUUUUCGGGUUCACGGUAUUAAACUUUAUGGACGUUUUACUGUCAUGUACUCUAAUUAUGUGUUUCCAACAAAAAUGUUUUACAGAAUAGUGUAAAAUGUUAUGUUUUAUAUCAAAAUACACGUCACAUUUAAAUCACUAACUGAUAUGUUAAUAAAGUAUAUAUAAAUUUAA